CGGCAAUCUCCAGGACAAGGAUUCCGUGUGCGUUGUCGAUGCGCUGCGCGAUCACAAUGUAGUCAGCGUCGUGGCCGGGAGCCGCAACUCCCUGGCGAUCUGUGAGGACGGCCGGCUCUUUACUUGGGGAUGGAACCAGCGCGGCACUCUGGGGCAUCCUCCAGAGACCAAGACGGAGAGCACGCCAAGCCAGACAUUUCCAGCAGGGAUCUGAGAUCUCGGACUUUGCAGGUCAAGGCUUUGGCAAAUGUGAAAAUUGUCCAGGCUGCGAUUGGAGGCUGGCAUUGCUUGGCUGUGGAUGAAGAGGGAAGAACAUAUGCAUGGGGAGGUAACGAGUAUGGUCAGUGCGCUGAAGAGCAGCAAACCAAAGAGCAGCAAAACAAAGGCGAGAGUAAAGUUCUCCACCGUGACAUCACUAUUCCUCAGAGAUGUGCUCCUCGUCUAUGCGUCCGGCAGGUAGCAGCGGGUGGCACACACUCGGUGGUCCUUACAGAGGAAGGACAUGUUUGGACCUGGGGACAACCAUGGCCUCCCGGCGACAUCAAGCAAAUAUCUGUUCCAGUUCGCGUACAGGGAUUGGAGAACGUAACCAUGAUUGCCGUCGGUGCUUUUCACAAUCUUGCGCUGGUCCAACACGGAGAAGUUUGGGCGUGGGGCAACAACGAGUACGGGCAACUCGGCACUGGAGAUACCCAGCCGCGUUCUUCUCCAGUUCCUGUGAAGGGUUUGACUGGACUUGUUCUGGUUGAUAUUGCAGCUGGUGGCUGGCAUUCUAUGGCAUUGACACCUGAUGGAGCGGUGUAUGGAUGGGGGAGAGGAGAGCAUGGACGGCUGGGUUUCGGUGAUGACAAGAGCAGCAAAAUGCUUCCACAGAAAGUUCAUCUUCUAGCUGGAGAGCCAGUUGUGCAGGUUUCGUGUGGUGGCACGCAUUCCGUGGCAGCAACAAUCAGCGGUCGCAUGUUCUCGUUUGGACGUGGUGACCACGGGCGUCUUGGCUAUGGCGGAGCGGUCACGACCGGGCAUCCCGUCGAAGUCCCCGUUUCUCUCCAUCACUACUCGCGGCACAACAUCGUCAGUGAAGACGAGGCCAAUGGUAGUACCCGGUGGGUGGUAAAACUCGUUGCCUGUGGUGGCAGGCAUGCUCUCGCGGUUGCUUCAUGCUAGAAAACUUUUCUUCUUUCUCUUCUGCAAGCCUACGUAAGUCAUUUCAGCCGGAGAAACUUCCCGAGCAGUGUUAUCUUGGGGGAUCUCUUCCAGAAUGUUGUCAGCAAUACGUAAAUUCUUCCGUGGUUCCGGCACAAACAAACGCGAAUCACAUGUGGCUAGCGAGAACUCCGUAUGAUCUUUACUCGAUUUUCUCGCUCGCUGCUACAAAAAUUUCUCCAGGCAUCAUCGUUUUUGUUUCGAUCUCCCGUGUUCCUUCCAGGAGGAACUAUAGCUAUUUUCGAUCCUUCCAAGAUCCUGCAAUAGUAGCAAGAAGAACUACGUUUUACCUCCCGGAUGGAACUAAAUUGUUAGCCUCCAGCGUGGAACACAUGGAACAAGGACAGUGGUCCCAAAGUACGCACGGACAAGUCACGCCUAGACACCACGUAAAACAUCGCGAAAAGAAAAUCACUCCAAGGAGAUUUUACUUAGAUUGUUGUGUUGGAGAAUAGCAUGCUACGUGGUUUGAUAAGAGGCCAUGUCGAUUUUGUCA